AUGUGUGUCAUUAGCAUAGCAGUGGUAAGAGAGGCCGUGGACGCAGAUAAUGUGGCCCAGAGAGGUAGUGUAUACGGCAAAAAGGAGGGUCCCCAGCACGACCCUUGGGGCAUCCUUGUGGAAAAAGAUGUACAACUGCCCUCUGUGCGGGAAAAGGUUCUCACAAGCAGCAAAUCUCAGGAAACAUCAACGCAUUCACACAGGAGACAAACCAUACAGCUGUCAUCACUGUGGGAAAGGAUUCUCAGAUGCAGGAAAUCUCAGACGACAAAACGCAUUCACACAGGUGACAAACCAUAUGAGUGUCAUGAGUGUGGGAGUAGUUUCUCACGAGCUGAAAAUCUCAAAUCACACCAACGCAUUCACACAGGGGAAAAGCCGUACAACUGCCAAAUCUGUGGGAAAAGUUUCUCAGUGUCAGCAACCCUCACAUCACACCAAUGCAUUCACACCGGAGAAAAACCAACAGUAUUACACAACUGCAAACUCUGUGGAAAAGCUUUCUCAGAUGCAGGAUGUCUCAGGAAACACCAACGUAUUCACACAGGGGAGAAACCAUACACAUGCCAUCUGUGCGGUAAAGCUUUCUCAGAGUCAGGAAGUCUCAGGAAUCACCAACGUAUUCACACAGGGGAGAAACCAUACACAUGCCAUCUGUGCGGUAAAGCUUUCUCAGAGUCAGGACACCUCAAACGACACCAAUAUAUUCACACAGGACAGACACCUUACCAUUGCCAUCUCUGUGGGAAAGGUUUCUCAGACUCAGGACACCUGAGACGACACCAACGUAUCCACACAGGGGAGAAGCCAUAUGACUGUAAACUCUGUGGGAAAACAUUCACGCAUUCAGAAAGUCUUAGAUUGCACAAUCGUAUUCACACAGGAGUCAAGCCUUACAACUGCAAACUCUGUGGAAAAAACUUUUCACGGAUAGGAAAUUUCAAAUCACACCAACGCAUUCACACUGGAGACAGGGCCUUCAAAUAACGUCUGUGUGGGAAAGCUUUCUCAGAGUCAAGACAUCUCAGAAAACACCAACACAUUCACACAGGAACCGCAAGGAGUUGAGACAUUUUAUUAGGGUUCUAUCCAUAAAUGUUUUGGAAAGCAUGAAAACAUUAGUCUUUCAUUAUGUUGCAUUGCAU